AUGAAAGAAGUAGUAUCUAUCAUCAAUUUUAUACGAAGCAAUGGACUGAAUCAUAGACAAUUUCAAAGUUUUUUGAUUGAAAUUAAUGGAGAAUAUGGCGAUGUAUUGUACUACACCGCAGUUAGAUGGUUAAGCAGAGGUCGUGUACUUGAAAGGUUUUUCAUGUUACGUCAGGAAAUAUAUAAUUUUUUGAAAGAAAAAGGAAAGAACGCUUCCAUGCUUGAAAAUCAAACUUGGAUUUCUGAACUGGCUUUUUGUGUUGACAUAUUGAAGUAUAUAAAUGAAAUCAACAUAAAACUACAAGGUAAAAAUCAACUUAUUCCUGAUAUGUGGUUUCAUAUUAAAUCUUUUGAAAUGAAACUGAAGCUAUUACAAACUCACAUUGAAAAAAAUGAAUUAACACAUUUUCCGAAUUGUAAAAAACUUUUUGAAUCGUCAGAAUUUUCAUUAUCAAGAGUUAAAUUUGUUGAAGCUAUUUCGAUACUUCAACAAGAAUUUAAUAAUCGAUUUCAAGAUUUCAAACGACAUUCUCAAUAUUUUCAACUACUCGCCAAUCCGUUUAAUAUUGAUGUUGAAGAUAUACCUGUUGAGCUUCAAAUGGAAAUAAUAGAUUUGCAGCCACAAGAUAUAUUAAAAGACUCAUUCAAAGCAUCGCCUUUACUUUUUUUCGCUGAACUUCCUGCAUCAUUAAGCCUAUUAAGCAGUUGUAAUUUCCAUACUUUUAUAUUAUAA